UUAUCAGAGGGCACAGAAUCUUUCCUUUGAACCAGUUACGAUAAAGGUCUUGAUCAACACUGACUUGAACUAUCAGCGAGGAAAGGAAAAAUUCAAAAAUGGACAUACGAGGUUUAGUCGUGAUUGUGUGCCUUCUUCACAUCACUUACUCCGCCGAUAUCCCAAAGUGUUUAUCUCAAUACAACACCUGUCUGUCUAUCUUCGGUCUGAAUACUACAGGAACGUUUCCAGUUCCGUCUGAGGAACAGUUGUAUACAGCAUCUGUCAUGGAUUUCCUAUGUUCUCACAUUGACCUGUAUGUGGCCUGCUACGAUCAUAUGAUCAAAUGUUUCGAAAUUAACGGCACCGAGCCAGCUAUCAUGAGCAAUGAGCAACUGCACCAUGUGAUGGAAAUAAUGUGCCAGCAGAAAUCAGUUUUAGUGAAUGGACAUCAGUGUUUAGAGCGAAUCAACUACACACAAAUAGGAAGAAGAUGUGCCAACAAGACACAGCAGAUAGUAGCCAAGCUGAUUGAAGCAGAUUUAUCCGUUAAAGAAAUAACGUGCACGUCGCUUAAGUUGUCCUCCGAAUGUCUUUACACCUCACCUGCUCUGCUGUCCUGUGGUAAUGAUCUUGUUUCGGCAUUAACGACGAUAAGCGAUGCCUCUGCGAAGAUGUUGUGUGAUGGAGGAACAACGACCGUCUCCCCUAUGUCAGUCAGCAAGGAGCCGGCAGUUGUAGUCGGCUAAACAACGUACUUUCUUGCUUCAGUGGUAUUGUACAUUAACGAUAUUAUGAAUAAAUCAAAUAUUAAC